UCAUCACAAUUCACAUGACACAUAAACAAAAGUUAGAGAUAGGUUUGAAAUUGAAAUUAAACAUAACUUUAUAUCUUAUUUAGCUGUAUAUAAAUGGUUUGCCGAACAUGUUUAACCGAUGCUGUCGAAAAAGACAUGUCGCAACUGUCGGAAGAAUUGAAAGGGGACAAGAAAAGUUAUUGGGACAUAAUGAUGUUUUGUUUGAACAUUCAGGUUUCGCCUGAUACAAAACUAACAACAAAGCUGUGUGACAAAUGUUUCGUUAAAAUAUUAUCAUUCCAUGAGUUCAAGACGUUGGCAUUAAAAAAUGAUGAACACCUAAGACAACUUCAAACACACAAGGAUUUUUUUGAUAUUGAUCAUAUAAAAUGCGAACAACUGAGCGAUGGAUAUUCUGACAAUUUGUUGUGUGACAUAGAACCUUUAGACAAGCUUGAGUGUGAAAUUAAACUUGAAAAAGAUAUAGAAGAAGUGCCGUCGUCAGGUGAUGAACUGCUUAGUGUUAUCAAAAAAAUAAAAUAUGAAUUUGUUAGUGAAGAUUGUAAAGAAAAUAAUACACCAAUGCAAAGAAGCUCAAGGAACACCCCAGUAAAAGCAAGUAGCAAUUCUGAAUGUAAUGUUGUCCAACAAGAGGAAUCUCAACAUAGAAAAAAAAGUAGAUGUAAAAAAGUAAAGAUUAGAAAAAAGAAAGCAGAAAAGGUACCAGAGCAGAGAGAGAAAAUAUGUGAAGAAUGUGGUAAAGCUGUGAUCGAUUUGGCUAGUCAUAUGAAGCAACACCUGCCGGCGACUGAACGGGAGAGACUCAAGUGUAAAGUCUGUGAUAAAACAUUUUUCACCCAUGGAGCACGCUAUAAACACAACAAAGUUAAACAUUUAGGCAUUAAAAAACAUUGCAAGGAGUGUGGAAAAGAUGUAGUGAACCUCCGCAGCCACACGCUCACAAUGCACAUGAGCGACAGCCUGUCGUACGUGUGCGUGUCGUGCGGGCGCCGCUUCAUGUCCAAGUCCAUUCUGGAGCUGCACAUGCUAAAGCACUCCAAGAUAUUGCCCCACGUGUGCGACUACUGCAACAAAGCGUUCCGGUACAAAAUUAACUUGGCCAAACACAUACGACAAGUACACGAUAAGGAGAAAACACAUCUAUGCCAAGUCUGUUCAAAAAGCUUUUUCUCUAAAUAUCACCUACAAGUUCAUUUAAGGACUCACACUAAAGAGAAGCCGUUCGAGUGUCCGGACUGCGGCAAGUGCUUCAGCUCAACCACAACACGGAACAGCCACAGGCUCAUACACAACGAUGACAAAAACUACAUUUGCAAACUGUGUGAUAUGGCCUUUAAAAAGCCUUCGUAUCUUCGCGUCCACAUGAUAAGUCACACGAAAGAGAAGCGCUACUUCUGCUCGUACUGUGAUGUGGCCUUCGGUCGCUCCGACCACCGCAACCGUCAUGAGCGAACCGCGCACCAGCGACCCUACAUCAAAUCUGAGACAGCACUGAAACAAACUAACAUACAGUGAAACAUAAAAAUGCACUAUCUAACUAUUGUGUCUGGUUGCUGUAGGCUCCUUAUUUGGACUGCUGUUGCGUCAAUUGAAGAUUUGAUCAAAAAAAAAUGUGUGCCGUCACUAUUUUGUACAAGUAAUAUGCAGAAAAGAACAGAAUGUGAAAGGACCUAAAUAUGUCAUAAUGAUAAAAUAAAAUAGCGCAUGACGACGCGUCGCCACACCUUACUGCAUAUAGACUAUAUAUAUGUACCAUCAU